AUGGAAACCGACUCUGGCCAACUUCAACAGAAAGGGGUGGAAAGAUCCUCCCUCUCGGAGGAGCCCGAUGCCCUCGAGCUGAGCCAAUCCUUUGCCCGGAUCUCGUUGCAAUCAGAUGAGGGGGCGCCGGGGCCGCCCGCGCUGUGGGGGAGGGGCGGUGGCGGCGCCAGGCGGGACCACGUGCGCACCACGUGGCGCACCCCCUCCCCCCGGGCCGUCCCAGACCCCGGAGACAGGCAGUGGGCGUCACCACUGCACAGCAGCAACAAGCAAGUCCUUCUCCAGUGCUCUGACCUUCCUCGGAUCAAAUGCUCUGAUUAUGAGGGUGAUUGUGCGGUUCCGGCCAAGCUGGCCACACCUCUGAUCAUCUCGGAGUGCCCCGGUGCCCUGGAGAUGGCAGUGCAGGACGGGAAUUGA